AUGGCGCACCAACAGUACUACCCGCCGAUGCCACCGCAACAGCAGCAGUAUUACAUGCCACAGCAGCAGCAGUACUUCCACGACCAAGGCGACCACUGCGGCGAACCUCCGAUGAUGAACGCCUAUGGCGGAUACGACAUGCAGCAGGGUCAGAUGUACGGGCCCAACCCACAGCAACACUACCCGAUGAACGAGCAACACCACCACAUGAAUGAGCAACACAAUCCGAGGAAUGGAAACGCAAAGCCAGCGAACAAAGUCGAGCCGAUGCACAAGGCUGGUCGGCUUCACGUUGGCCCUGCAGGCUCUCCCAUGUUCGUACCUCGCGGCCACGAGCCACCCAAGCAACAGCCGAACAAUCAGAAGCCCAAGAUCCAAGUCCCGAACUUUGAUCAUCUUACGGGACACGCGGCGUUUGAUGCUGAAGCAGCAUGGAUCAACAAGAUCAUGCCACUCCCUUCAUAUUCCGAUGCGUCCGAAGCUCCCGUCGAGUUUGCUGAGCCGCGCAUGGUUUUCAGAGAGGAGGAUCACAACACCGUACCGGGCGAGCAGAUCAUCUACGGCUGCGAAGUUUAUGUGGUCAAAGAGACUCUCCAACAAGGCACUAACGACCCAAAGCGCAUGAGCAACGGGGUUCGCGUUCUGCAGCGGAUCAACCCAAACCGCAAAUUCUUCGUUGUUGAGAAGAAUCUGAUGGCGGGCAGCGACAAGGCCUUCACCCGUGUAAAGAUCGAGAUCGCAGCUCUGAAGCAGAUCCGUGACGCUGGCGGAUCUCCUCACAUCAACACCAUCAUCGACGAGUUCUGGGCCGAAGGAUCUCGCUCGUGCACGAUCCUGUUAGAGCAUUGCGACAUUGGGACCCUUGAGCAGGAGAUCCAGCGUAUGAACGCCAAAGGCAUGUUCCUCGAGGAGUUUUUCAUGUGGGACGUCCUCGAGAGUGUGCUCAAAGCCCUCUGCUUCUGCCACUACGGAAUCCGCAACGCACACGCACCGAAGUACAAGCUCAAUCCAUGGAACACCAUCUGCCAUCUCGACAUCAAGCCGGCCAACCUGUUUGUGACCAGCAAGAUGUACCCAGGUAACGAGUACGGCAACCAUCGCAUCGUCCUCGGAGACUUCGGCUGUGCCGUUACGCUCGUCGACAUUCAGACCAAGCGCACCACCACGGAAUGCAUGCCCGGCGCCACCGCGGGCUGGACCCCACCGGAGAUCACCUACGACGACGCGAAAGGCUAUGUCGGCAUCUUCGGCAAGCCCACCGACGUCUGGCAGCUUGGUGGGCUCAUCCAGGUCAUGUGUCGUCGCACUCAACUCCCGCAGCAAGAGUUCGUCAAGGAAGGCCGUCCGUGUGGGGGCAUCUACAGCGUGCAGCUGAACGACGUCGUGAGCCGCGCGAUGAUGGAGGAUCACAAGACUCGUCCGUCUGCCCUGGACUUGUUCGAGAUUGUGCAGAGGAAGAAGCGCGAGUAUGAGGACAGCGUCGUCAGGGGUGGUGGGAGGUGA